GCCCGCUGAACAUUAUGAAACGCUAAUAAUAUAGAAUUUUAAUUUAAAGUUAAUUGGAAAUUAAAAUGUUUACUUUGAUUAGUUUUUUAGUUUCUAGUUAGCAGCAAGGGGACAGUGAUCUAUAAAUAUGUAUAAACUGAUACAUGUAUUACUUUUCACGUCCCAUGGUCUCUGUCAAUAUGCUAUGAACACGGGUAUGCGGGCAGAUGUAACAUUCGAUGAUGACAAUGAAAGGUUUGAUCUUAGCAAUCUCAUUCGCCAACAAAAUGCCGUCAGGACUAAUGCUUUUGAUCCUCAAUCUUCUGAAGAAUAUAGACGAAUGGGCCACUUCAGAAGGAAAGCAAGAAAAAUGCCAACAAGCCAACUCAUUGCUAGAUCGAGAGAUAAGCUUUUGCUGCAAAUUCAGAAAGAAAGAAAAGAGCAAUUAAACCGCAUAAUAAAUCAAGCCUUAUAUCAACUACACCAAGGGAGAAGAUUUGAUGACUUUGCAUACCAUGAUAACAUGGAAAGCGAUGGCAAAAACAUAGAUGAUUUCAAUACAAAUUUAGAAAGGUUGACCAAUACUAAAGUUAAUACGGAUACAAUUAAUACCAGGCGCAAUUUACCCGUUGAAGAUGAAAAAAUACUUAUGCAUUACGCAUUCCCAGUUAAUCUAAGAGUUGAAGGUUAUUUAAAAACUCCAGUAGAAUAAAGCUCUGAAACGUA